CGCAAAAAGGGUUUUGUUUAAGCGAUUAAAUUCCGCUUUAGUGACUUUUUCUUCCAUAACACAGUGCAACAUGAAAAAUCGAUUAUGUAGCUAUGAACCAAGGAACUAAAUUGACAAAUGGCAUCCAGAGGAAAAUGGGACCGCAGUUCUAGUCAAGCUGAUGGUACAAGGUGCAUAAACAAUAUAAUUUCAGAUGAGAUCAUUUUGUCCUACAGCCCAGAAGGAUGUUAUUCUUGCACUUCUAAAUCCCAUUGGCCAGGUGAAUCCUGCAGAGCCUCCGGAGAGGAUGCGGAGAUGUGUAAAAAAUAUCCAUGCGCGAAAACGGAGCUCACCAAGACUCCGGAAGCCAUGACAAACGUACCGAAGACCCUAAAAGUCACCGUAGUUGGUAAAAAUCUAUUAAUUUUAUGUAAAAGUAUGAAAAUAAUUUACCAAAAAUGAUGUAGUAAAAUGAAGUGAAAAGAAAUAAACCGUUUGAUAAAGGCGAUGAAAUUCAACAUAUUUUUUAUUUUUCUCUCUCUUUGCUGAUGAUUUUGGGUGAUAUUACGGCGCUAAAAUAGCGCCAAAAGGGCGCCGAAUUUGGUGAUGAAUUAAGCGCUGAAAAAUGG